CAAUACCUCAGGUUUAAACCUUCAACCAGAGAGCUGUGUUUCAUUUCGCUCAGUCCACUCCCGUUCCAGUUCCCUCCCUCUCUCUCUCUUUGCUGUCCAUCCUCUCUGUCUUAACGGGUGGUCUUGACCUCCUUGUGAGACUCUCCAUCAACCUCUGAAGGAACCAGUGGUCCUGACUCUGAACAUUUAGCAUUCUUACAGUUUCUUUCUAAGACAGUCGAACCAAAAACAACAAGAUGGAGGCCAUCAAGAAGAAAAUGCAAAUGCUAAAGUUGGAUAAGGAGAAUGCCUUUGAUCGUGCUGAGCAGGCUGAGACCGACAAGAAGGUAGCAGAGGACAAGUGCAAACUGUUAGAGGAUGAACUGCUGGCACAGCAGAAGAAGCUGAAGGGAACAGAGGAUGAACUGGACAAGUACUCAGAGUCUGUCAAAGAUGCCGAGGAGAAACUGGAACUGUCCGAGAAGAAGGCCACUGAUGCUGAGAACGAAGUGGCUGCUCUGAACCGCAGGAUUCAGCUAAUUGAGGAGGAGUUGGACCGAGCUCAAGAAAGACUUGCCACCGCACUCCAGAAACUGGAGGAAGCCGAGAAAGCAGCUGAUGAAAGCGAAAGAUGUAUGAAGGUCAUAGAGAAUCGUGCCUCUAAGGACGAGGAGAAGAUGCAGCUUCAGGAGGUUCAGCUUAAGGAGGCCAAACACAUCGCUGAAGACUCUGACCGCAAAUACGAUGAGGUGGCUCGUAAGCUGGUGAUUAUUGAGGGUGACCUGGAGAGAGCAGAGGAGAGAGCAGAAAUCGCUGAACUUAAAAGUGGUGACCUGGAGGAAGAACUAAAAAAUGUAACCAACACCCUGAAGUCACUCGAGGCUCAAGCAGAAAAGUACUCAGACAAAGAAGACAAGUACGAAGAAGAAAUCAGGGUGCUUGACGAGAAACUCAAAGAGGCAGAGACGCGUUGUGAGUUUGCAGAGAAAACCGUGGCUAAACUGGAAAAGACCACUGAUGAAAUUGAGGAUGAAGUAUAUUCUCAGAAGAUGAGAUUCAAGGCAAUUACUGAGGAGCUGGAUCAUGCUCUGAAUGACAUGACCUCCUUAUAGACGAAACUGUCCGUAUCUCUCAUGUCACCAGUGCCAGAUAUGAUAAAGAAAACUACCUUUAACUGCUUAUCUGAAUCUUUCAUUAUGAAAUAUGCAUGUCACGUAAUUCAGGUGCUGCUGAGUCAUUCAGAAGUGACAGUAAUAACUCAGGCAUUGCUCCUAACUUAAUAACAUGCUGCAUAAACUAAUGUCUUAGCUAUUCGACACUUGGCUUCUCAUUGGCUUCUUUUCUCUUUUGUUUUCAUUUCUGUAACUGCACCUGGAAUUUCUGUCUUAACUACAGUCUGGCCUUAUUUCCAAAGUGAACACUUAAAUGAUUAAUAAAUGUCAUUUAAAAAAUAAAGUUUUUCACAAUUA